AUGGCGCCGAACAGUGACUCUCAUUACGUUGUAGUGGAUUUACAGGCCAAGUUCCUAUCUCCUGAUGAGUUGAAGAUAAAAGAACUCGUCAAUAUACUUACAGAGAAGAAAAUUGGUGUCGUUGCACACUUCUACAUGGAUCCAGAAGUUCAAGGCAUCCUAACCGCUGCACAGAAGCAGUGGCCUCACAUUAACAUAUCUGAUUCGUUAGUAAUGGCAGACAUAGCUGUCAAAAUGGCAGAAGCUGGAUGCCAGUACAUUACCGUGCUUGGUGUGGACUUCAUGUCAGAAAAUGUCCGUGCAAUACUUGAUCAAGCUGGCUUUGAGAAGGUUGAAGUCUAUAGGAUGUCAAGUGAGCAAAUAGGUUGCUCAUUAGCUGAUGCUGCAGAAAGUCCGAUGUAUGUGCAUUUUCUUGAGACAGCUUCCAAAUCACCACCUUCUUUGCAUGUUAUUUACAUUAAUACUUCCUUGGAGACGAAAGCUUAUGGACAUGAGAUGGUGCCUACAAUUACCUGCACUUCAUCUAACGUAGUGCAAACUAUCCUUCAGGCCUUUGCACAGGUGCCCAAUUUGAAUAUCUGGUAUGGUCCAGAUUCUUAUAUGGGUGCAAACAUCACAGAAUUGUUCAACCAGAUGGCUGGCAUGACUGAUGAGGAGAUUGCUGAGAUACACCCAGAACAUAAUAGGAACACAAUCAAAUCUUUAUUACGUCAACUACAUUAUUAUCAGGAUGGGAAAUGUAUUGUCCAUGACAUGUUUGGUCAUGAAGUUGUAGAGAAAAUUAAUGAGCUAUACUCUGAUGCAUUCCUGACAGCUCAUUUGGAAGUUCCUGGAGAAAUGUUCUCUCUUGCAAUCGAAGCAAAAAGAAGAGGAAUGGGAGUCGUGGGCUCUACCCAGAAUAUAUUAGAUUUCAUCACACAAAGAGUACAAGAUGCUUGCGACAGCAAUCGUGAUAAUCAUCUACAGUUUGUAUUGGGAACAGAAUCGGGAAUGGUAACAGCCAUUGUUGCGGCAGUACGUAGAUUACUUAAUUCUGGGGAAUCUUCUUCAAAAAGCUCAAAAACCACUGUAGAGAUUGUGUUCCCUGUAUCAUCUGAUUCGAUGAUUAGAACAUCAUCAAACGAUUGCCAUGGACUAAGUUCAGCUUCAUCUGAUGAUAUUGCAAAACUAGCACUUAUUCCUGGAGUGGCAGCAGGUGAAGGAUGUUCUAUUCAUGGUGGUUGUGCUUCCUGUCCGUAUAUGAAGAUGAACUCCCUUGGAGCUCUGCUGCAAGUUUGCCAACAACUAUCCGAAAAGAAUAAUAGUCCUUCCGUUUACCGUGCUAAAAGAUUCAAUUCUACUACCCCACUUGGAAGAUCAAUUGCAGAAGUUGGAUGUGAACCAAUCUUGCAUAUGCGGCAUUUUCAGGCCACAGGGAAAUUGCCAGAAAAACUUAUUCGUCAGAUUCUCGAUCAGCCUAUUGAGGAAGCCGUAGCUUCAUGAUAGUUACUCCGACAGAAUAUAAUAUUUCAAUCACUGACUUGCCAAUGCAUAUACAACAGAAGACAGAGCAAAUAUAGAGGUUCCUUUCAUUUGGUGUCAUAGAAGUGUUCUCAAUUUUUCUUCUUGUCAGCGUGUCUGUUUAAUCUUAAGAUUACUAAUAUCAAUAUUGUUUCAUCGAUAUAGGAAAAGUUAUAAUGGUUUAUAUAAUUGUAGAAUGGGAUGCAACAUUUGUAUGAGGCCAUUUUGAAAGAUUAAUGGACCUGUUGAUGCUAUAUGUCAAUCUUA